CCGCUACAGCGCCCGAACACCUCGGCAUCACAGGAAAACGAUAGCCUUGCAGUCAACCACAUAACCAACUUCAUGACUAACAAACACCACAAACCACGGUAUUCGAUGCUUUCCAUGUUAUACAUUCAUACUCUCAAUUGGAUUACUUGAGCCUCCACAUUUAGUCGCCAUGAACUCUCCACCCUUGACCGGUCUUCGCGUCUUGGAGUUUGCUGGUCUUGCGCCAGGUACGAGAACUCACUAGCAAACUUCCCGACUGUCACUAAUACGAUUUGCAGGCCCAUUUGCAGGUCUGUUGCUCGCAGAUAACGGCGCGUCAGUUUUACGAAUUGAUCGAUCAAUUCCACAUGUAACCCACAGCGCCUCCGCAACCCCAUUACCAACGUCCGACCUCCUGACGCGGCACAAAUCCUCAAUUGCGGCCGAUUUGAAAUCCCCCUCGGGAAUUGACUUCAUCAAGUCCUUGAUUCCGCAUACGGAUAUUGUAAUUGACCCUUUCCGUCCAGGGGUUCUCGAGAAACUUGAGUUGGGACCGGAUGUUAUACUUGCUCUAAACCCCAAGGCCAUCAUCGGCCGCAUGACGGGAUUUCGAAGGGAUGGGAAAUAUAAGGAUAUGGCUGGUCACGAUAUCAAUUAUAUUGCCGUUUCAGGAGCAUUGUCAAUCUUUGGACGGAAAGGAGAGAAGCCACUGCCACCUGCGAAUGUCUUGGGUGAUUUCGCAGGGGGUGGAGCGACUUUGUUCCAAGGCAUUUUAUUGGCCUUGAUUGCUAGAGAAAAGAGUGGUAAAGGCCAGGUCGUGGAAGCAAAUAUGGUUGAUGGAAGCGCUUAUUUAAUUACGUUCCCCCGGAUGUUGACGAAAACUCUUUUGUGGUCUCGUCCGAGAGGAGAGAAUACGUUGGAUAGUGGAUGUCCUUAUUACGAUACUUAUGAGACCAAGGAUGGAAAAUACAUGGCAGUGGGAGCACUCGAGCCUCAAUUUUUUACGCUCUUACUCAAGGGGCUGGGACUUGGUGGAAAGGGAAUUGAAGAGACUCGAGAAGAUAGGAAUACUUGGCCUGCCAUGAAAGAAAGUUUCACCGAGAUUUUCCUGAGCAAAACAAGAUCAGAGUGGGAGCAAAUAUUCGAUAAAACGGAUGCAUGUUGCACACCAGUUUUGGACAAUAUCGAGUUAGAACAAGAUCCGAAUAGAGAAGGGGAUCAAAGACCAGCCGUCACUCUUCGAGAAACCCCAAGUCUUGCUCUCUCCCCGGAUUCCACAAGCAACCGAGAUCCUUCCACGGGACAAGGUACUGGGGUAGAUGGUGGUAGUUACACUGGUACUGCAUUAUAUCCCGGCCAAGGCGGGGAAGACACCUUGUCGCAAUGGCUUGGUUGGAAAAGGGGAAAAGAUUUCGAUAUUGAGAAUGGAGGCUUGGUGAAGAAGUCGAACGCCAAAUUAUGAUUGAUCUAUUACCAACGUAUAUCGUUGCUUAUUAUCCCAGCCUUCAUCUUUUCGUUCGGCCGGUGAAGAAUACUCAUUUCUUUGAAAAUGAUCUCCCAAAAUCCCAACGAUCAUGCAGGUUGUCCUGUUGCCCUUUCGCAAAGUUGGUGAUUGUGCUGAAAUAUUCCAAUUCUUGCCCAUGUUUCUAACUCCGUUUUCGUCCCAAAAACACACUAUAACGCCGAUCUAUGACUCUAUGAGGAUCUUGGUGUCCCUCUUGGAGUCUUUGUGUUCUGUGUUAUUUGUUAGCGGGUGUCAUUUCUUGGAUCCGUCUUAUGGUUCCUCAAAUUACAUACCAUAUUGCUAUCUCUUCAAUUGCCACGGCAAACCCCCCGGAAGGACUUGGGGGUGGGCCUGGAGGAGGAGAAGGGGGAUCGCCUCUCGACAUGUUGUGGGGUGGGAUAUGUGUCAGAGAGGGCCAUCGUAGUUGGGUAUUUCUCGUCCUGUGGCCCUCCUCUCCGCUGUAUCCAUUUCCAGAGGACAUCACUGACUCUCUUGGGAUAGCCAUUUUCUUGCUCUUUGGCUCUUGUUUUUGUAGAUACAAACUUUUUCGUAUGAUAUGGUAACAACCAAAAGUCUUGUCUGAGGUGGAGAUUUAGGCGGCUGGUGGCGGUUCAGAUCUCGCUGACAGGCUUGGAAAAAAGGAAAUAAUGACUUGGCUCGGAGAAUUUGAAAGAACGGUAAGGGGUUGAUCGAUGUAGCUGAUAUUUUGCGAGUCUUUUUCUCUCGGUUGUUGACGAGUUAUCA